AUGAGCCGUUAUGAUAGACAAGACAGAAAUGCUAGGCAGCAUCAGGAAGGAUUCUGGAAAAGAGCACCACAGCAGCGAUGGAAUACGCAGGAUCACUAUCAUCUUGGCCAUACUGAUCACUAUAUCCAUGGUAAAAAUGAUUUAAACAGGGGAUCAAACUACUUAGAGUCUCCUGUGGGUCACUUUGAAAGCUAUGGAGCACCAAAUUUUUACCAGGCUCCUAGACAGAUGGUGGGCUUACCAGAGAAUACUGUGAUGCUUGAUGAAAUGACCCUUCGACACAUGGUCCAAGACUGCACAGCUGUAAAAACUCAGUUAUUGAAACUGAAGAGAUUGUUGCACCAG